UUGACUUCGAUGACAGGUAGCAUGCCAGAGGAGAAUUGUUUCGUGGCGAUGUCUUCAUCUGUCCAUUGUUUAUGUAUUUGGAAAGAACAGCUUGAAUAGCUCUGUUUAAUGAGUCAUGAAUGGUUCAACACUUUUAGUUUCAAUUUUACAUUUUUCAUGGAACCACUUUCUUUCGGACAGCGACUACUUUCACAUUGUCCAUUGUGUGGUUGGGAAGACAAUCACGGCAUUGUUUUGAUAUAGCCGUAUAUAUGUAGGAUUUAGUAAUUAUCUAUCACCUUCUUUUAUUCGUCGUAACAUACAGAAACAAUGGCAGAAAGCGCAACACUUGACACGAAGUUCUGCUCAAACUGCAAGAGGGAGAUCAAUGCCGCAAAUUUUAUGAUGCAUGAAAUGCAUUGUCGACGGCACAUCUCGCUGUGUACACACUGUCAGGAGCCUAUCCCCAAGGCCGAGAUGGAUGUCCACUUUGAGGAAAGCCAUGCCAAAAUCAACUGUGCAAAAUGUAACCAGGCAGUCCAGAAAAUGGAUUUGGAAAAGCAUGAGGAGCAAGAAUGUCCAAAACGUCAAAUGAAGUGUGCUUAUUGUGAAAUGGAUGUAGCACAACAGGAACUUGAGGCACACUUGGGCUAUUGCGGUACAAGGACAGAGCCAUGUGCUCGCUGUGGCCAGUAUAUUAUGAUCAAAGAUCAGGUUAAACAUGAGGACAGUAAUUGUACAUAUCCACAACCAAAACCAACUAAUAGCAGGGAGGUCAACAGACGGGUGUCCAACGAACCGACAGGUAAUGGUGAAGAAAUUGGGGCCGCAUUUCCAGAUGACAUGUUGUUUGGUUCAGGGAAUAUCAAUUCUUUUGAGUUUAAGGAGAUCCAGAGGAUUUUAACAAAGCCUGAAAUCAGUGGAGCAGCAGAAGGACCAAGUACCCUUGGGAGUCGUCAUAGGGAAACAGAAAAAACUAAAAAGGCAACAGGAAAAAAAUCCAAUGACAAAAAUAAGAAAUCUGAUCUUAACAGACUAAGAGAACAAGCGAGCAGUAGCCAGUCAGGGUCGGCCUACAACGAAGAACAGGACAGACUUCUGGCUAUGGCUUUGUCAGAUGACCUUCACACUGACGACGGUAUAGACCAGUACAUACGGACCAUAGACAAACCUCGGGUCUCACUCACCCCAGACAGUCCUCUCUACGAGGACAGCUUCGGAAAUCCAGCAAACUUACACUCAAGUUUUGGAGAUCUCUCUGUGUUACCUUGUGAGUUCUGUGGCCAGGCCAUACCUGUAGAUGACCUAGUCAUACAUCAGAGUAACUGUAUAGACGACCCUCUAAGUUCUUUGAUGCCCCAUGCAGCUUCCUCAGAAACCCCAAUUCAGGACCGAACUGAAGACAACCGAUUCAGAGGGGCAGCCCCAGAGACCAGACAUCCCCCGCCAAUCAUCAAUAACCUCGUCCCUGACGCCUCCCCUCCACAACAGUGGUUUGAACAAAUGAUCUCCCCUGAAGAAGAGGGUUUUGCUGAAGAUUUUCUACUGCCCUGUGAAUUCUGUGAGGAGUUGUUUCCCCAUGAAAUCUUAGUACAACACCAGGCUGUAUGUACUGCCAAUGAGACAGUCACACCAAGGGUAACACCCUCCAUGACCAGGAAAACCGAUCCCUCCAACAGACGUCAGCCAACAGUGGACGAAACUUCUCGUGUCAGAAAACGUCAACCCGCUCCAGAUAUAGCAAGCAUAUUAAGUGAAAGUCCCGACAAUCGUCGUAAACAGACUGGUACCUCCUCACGAACAAGUUCAAACAAUUUACCUGUACAUUCACAACGUCUGAAAUCUACCUUAGAGAAAUAUGGUGUGGCAGCAGAUGACCCCUACAAGCAGAGGGCGGAACGUCGGGCACUUCGACAGCAAAACUCACAUGAAGAGGAUGAGGAUGAGUCCCCGCGUCCCAGGACAGGAAAAUCAGGGGCAAAAAGGGGCCUUGCUGCUAAAAGUACUCUUGAUAGUCUCCUUCAAGUUGAUCCUCCUAGUUCUGUUAGAUCAACACAUGAUCUAUUGGGUCAUGUGACUUCAACAUCUUCCACAAGAAAAAGUAGUAAAGACAAUUUGAAUUCCUCAAGACAGACAAGGCAGAUUGGUAUCCCUUCUGUGUCCAAUCCCGGUGCUAGAUCUUCUCACAAGUAUGAUGUGAAUACCUCCAGCUUACUAUACGGUGACACAAGUAAGACAAGCAGAGGCAGUGAUGCUGCUGCAGCCUCCAGGAGAUCAAGGGGGUCAGUGACAGCUCGUGAUGUCCAGCAGGAACUUGACCACCAACCAAGCAGUAGGUCAACACUAGGGACUUACAAUAUUGCUGGAGCCAGGAGGGCAAGAAACUCUCAGGCCUCUGAGGAUAUAAUGGCAUCUGGUAUUCGCACAACGUCCACAACACCAGGGUCAGCCAGGCGUGACCGAGGAAAUGGUAUUUUCUCUCAUGGACAGGCAAACACUUCCAGCUCUACAACCACCCGCUCAAAUAGAACUCCGGCGCGUACAACACGCAGAGACCGUGAUCCCUACCACUGAUACUGUGAUCCUUAAUAAAUUUAGUCUGUUAUUGGACACAUCUAACCUGUUCUACCAUUGGACACCUGUGACAAUUUAAAGUUAACUAUUGGACACCUAUGACCAAGUCAACCAUUGGACCUCUGUAACUUUGUCUACCAUUGGACACCUGUAAGCUGGUCUACCAUUGGACACAUGUAAGCUAGUCUACCAAUGGACACUUGUAACCUUGUUAACCAUUGGACACCUGUUACCUAGCUAGUCUUCCAUUGGAAUACAUGUGAUCUUCUAAUAUUUGGUUUACCAUUUAUCAAUCGGCUCCAAACAGACGGUUAAAUGUAACUGACCGUUAGACAACAUUUGGUGUAAUAUCUAUAUAGGACAUCUGAAUGUAGUCAACCCUUGCCAAAAAUUACAUAUCAAUUAUGUUAUGGUCCAAUGACAUGUAUCAAAUAUGUUCAGCUAUUUUGAAAGGUAUUUCAGAUACUUUUUAUAGUAGAAUAUGUGUAACUAUUUUCAUACAUUCUUAUAGUAUUUCACUGAUGACUAGUAAACCAUCUCACCAGAUCUAAUAAGCUAGAAUAAAUCUCCCUUUUUUGCUGUUGGAAUGGUACUUUAGAACCAAUUGCAAGCUAUAUUUAAUUAUUUGUUUAAUUAGAUGGAGAUUCUUCAGCACAACUGCCCGGUGUCAUGAAUGAAUUAUGUUACAUUUCGUAGCUGUGUGUGCAUGUUAUAACUAUGCAGUUCUAUUUUGUACAAUCCUGGUUGUAUAUAAUCUUUUACUUUAAUGUUGAUGUGUGACAGAACAGUACAAUACAUUAGUAGAAAUCCAGUUAGCAUUGAUGGUCUUUCAGCAUUAAAGUGUUUUGUUAAAAGUAAGUUGAUCAUAUUUACAUGUAGGCACACUGUCUCAGAUCAGUGUUGAAAUUUUAAGAUAUAUGAAGUGUUUACAAAAAAAAAGUAGAUAUUUUAAACUUUUUUGUAUUCUAUAAAAUCAGAGCGUGCAAUGCUAGAAAUACUGAAAAUGUGUAUUUAUUUGAAUGCUUGAAUUUCAGAAUAUAUUUGCUAUAACCAAUAGAAUUAAAAAUAGAAUUGCAUGCAUGGGACUGGCAAUUGUUUCAGUCUACCAAUUUGCCUAGCACUACAUUCCUUAACCCUUUCAGGUCAAUCAUCAAAGUUUUUCACCAUGAAAGCCUGUUUUAUCUUACAUGAAUGUAUUUGACACCAAAGGAAAUCAGAAAGGGAAAAUGACACAAACGGUUUUUCCAGACUAUAUCUUAUAAAUCACCAUUAGGGAGUUGAAUUUAUCAUCAUGAAUAUAAUUUUUAAUAACUGAAUACAUUGUAGUUCUGGUUUAAGUAAUGAAUAUACAUGUACAUGAUAUAGUUGGUUUUGUUUGUGGUUUUCAAAGAUUGUGUGCAUCAUGACUAAAAUUAUUGUAGUCUGUGCUAACCCUGUAAUCACCUACAUGUAGCAGAAAACAGCUCCGAACAUUAAAACUGGGAUAAAAGCAAAUAAAAUUACAUGUAGAUACAGUAUUUUUUACCAAAAAUUCCUUAUUGAGAAUGAGAAAAACAGACACACCCCGCUUCAGGGGCAAGACAGAAAAUACCCCACUCUCACCCUCUCUCAUUUGGUGAUAUAGACAAAUCUCAGUUUAAAAUCAUGUCUAGAUCUGCACUUUCACUCUGUACGCUACACUAUAAUACACUCGAUAUUGGAGUGAAAUGAGAGAUCCGAUUUUAAUUAAUGUUGCAAAUCUCAACAUUAGGGGUAAAGGGUGUUCUAAAUGUCAAACAGCAGGCCUCAGUUUAUCUUCCUCUCAAGUUGAAGUUUUCCCAUCUUACCUCCGGUUUCCACAGCUCGAUUUAUUCAUGCUUAAUUUCUUUUGUUCGAUUUUCUGUCACACCGAUGCCUGUCAAAGUGAGGACUGAUUACACCCAGAAGUGUUUGUUUUCAUGUGAGAGGACAGAUGCAGUCUCAUUAAUAAUCUUAGUAAUUAUUCAUUAACUUUAAACUUCAUUUAAACAUAAAAACUCGAAAAAUUCUGAAUAUAGUCUACAUGUGUAUCAUUUUGAAGAAUGUUAUUUUUUGUUUCUCACUUUAAUUUGGCAUGGAACAGGCACAAGGCACAGAUUCUCUGUAUGUUAAUUGUUCAGCAAUGCAGUAAUCUAAAUUCUCUCAUAGUCAAUUUCCCAGAUAGCAUGACUACGUUGGGCCAACGUUGGCCCACAGAUGUUGACUACGUAGGGCCAAUGUUGGCAAACUACGUUGGCCCAAUGUAAUUUUGCUCAUCGGCCCAUCGUUGGCCCAACGUGUUGGCCCAUCGUUGGUUUCAAGUGUGUAUUUCCAACUAUUGGUUUCACCUUCAUAGGCCCAACAUUGGCCCAACGUAACAAACAGUAGAUAAAGUGAUGCUUAUGUGUAAUGCUGGCAACAUAAAAAUUAAUCAGUUGUCAUAUUGGCAAGUGCUUUACAAUUUAUUUGUAUAUGAUGACAAUACAGUGAUUGAAUGUACAUUAUUCUCUUUUACAAUCAACAGUUUUGAAUACAGUAUGUUAUUGUAUCAUUAUAAAGAAUCAAAACUGAUAAAUGAUUAUCAGAUGUUAAUUUUGGUUAUCUGUCCCAGAUCAGUCCUGUUCGGAAUUGUCACUAAGCAUAGCAUUGAUAGUUGCAGUACACUUGUGUAGCUGCCUGUUGUGCCCUUUUUUGUUCCUCUCUCCUUUUCCUGCCACCAUCGCGAUCACAAGCAAAUCUGAACCAAUCUUUUGCAAUUGCUGCAAUUUCCGAAUCUGUUGCUGUCGCACACAGGCGGUUCUUCCUUACUGUAGCUGUUGGAAUAAAUAAACAAUAUAUCAAAUCUACACAGAAUGUAAAAAUCAAGCGGCACAGAUGGCCUGAAUUGCUAACCUGGACAUUUCUGCAGUUAUGGCAUUAUGGCAUUAAAGUAAUUUACAUUAUUAUAUAUAGAUUAUAUAUAUAUAUGAAAUUUUUUAAGUAGUAAUAACGACAGUACAGACAAGUAUUUUCGAGGCAAUUUGCCCCUUGAUCAAGAAACAAGGGAAUUACAAACGAUCUGACAUGGAACAGCUACACAAAUUUUGUAGAUAAAUAUACUUAGCAUAUAUGUGUGUGUGUGCAAGAAAUGAAAAAUAAAUUCUGAAAACUUUAUGACCCCGAUAUCUAGCAAGCAAAAGUGUACGUACGGUAGUGUACGUACGGCAGGUGGUCUUGUGGAAUUAAUUAAUAUACUAAAAUUACUUCAGGAAUUGAAACAUAUAAUUAAAAAGCAAAUCAUAUAGCCUACUUACAUUGUCUUUUGAUCAAAGAAAUGCUCUCUUUCUUCCUCGUGAUUAAUCCAAAUAUCUUCUGUGUAAGUCGAAAUAGCACUGUACUGUGUACAACCAGUUGAACAGCUCGGACAAGGUCCCUGAUAAGAAUGUAACAUCUGCAGGCAGCUUGACCAUCCCUAGUAUCAGAUGUCACGGUUACCAAGGGAACUGGUCCGACCCUUGCUGUGAGAAGCGCUGACCCAGUUUUGUGGGCAGUAAACAUGCAUAGAUAAUGGCAUCCUUAAACCGGCCACUAAAAUAUUUUCCAAAACAUUUAUGCCCUUGUUCCUGUUUUACUACAGUAUAAAAGACUUUAAUUUAUGAUUAGUUAUUCUCACGCAAACAAUACAUUUUAUUAUAUAGUGAUUUUGAAAAAAAAAUCACUAUUAAAAAAUCUUAUGAAGUGUAUUUUUAAAAAUGGUUGAUAAUAUAUAUAUCAACUUUGAUUACAGAUAAUCACUUUUGUUUGAAUUUGUUGUAAACCUGCUUGGGCUUACAACAUCGGGUCAACGUAGGACCAACGUUGGACCAACCUAGGUAAUUCAGCACUGAAAUGUAAUAACAGGGGGCCAAUGUUGGGCCAACGUAGUGUUCCCAACUUAUCUUCACUUGCUGUCGAGUAAAACAAGUUGUUGUUGGGCCAACGUCGGGCCAACGUUGUAUGACCAACGCCAACCAUUGGCCAACCGUACAACCAUAUGCCAACGUUGGCCCAACGUAGUCAUGCUAUCUGGGUUGAAGCAGUAUAUAUACAGUCACUGGGGGUUUCCUUUAAUUCGUUUACUUUCAGUCAAAAUACAAAAUCUUGGAUGGGUUCAUAGUUAUUAUUAUUUUUGGUCAUACACUGAAUGUCCGUGUAUUUUCUGUAUUUGAUUAUCUUUUUGAUGUAUUUUUUGUUAAAAGUGCUGAAGAUGUGUUUUUGUUAAACCUCCAGCAACCUGCUUGUUUACAUUUGGUUUGAUUCUCAUCAUUGUAGAUGUGGAAUGAUUUUUUUUUUAAGUCUUUGUGUUAUUAUGAGCGUUUCUGAAGUUUUGUUGCUUCAUGGCUUAUUUAGAUAUAUAUUUCACUUUUUUUCAGUUAAGGAAUCCACACCCAUUUUAGGCUUAGCAGUCCUCUUGAUGAUUUAAUGGUGAGGAAAUUCAGGCCGGGUCCUAGUUCCAUAUAGAACUAACUAGGAAUUAAAAUGAAGAAGCAGUGUAUUUUUUCAUGUUGAUAAUCCUAUCAUUAUUGUUUGGAUUUUUAUGUAUUCAUAACAUCGAGAUGUAAGGUCAUUGGACGUUGGAUGCCUUACUCCGAUGCUCACAGGUCUAUAAUUACAUGAGAUAUGGGUGUUGGUACAAUAUGAUGUAUGGUUUUGUCCAGCAGAAAUUACAAUCAAGGUUGGCACUAAAAUAUUCCUUAGUCACAAUCUGUUGGAUUAUCAAAGUCCCUUAAUAUCACAUUCAAUUUGAAUAUUUAUUAAUAAAAUCUUGAUUAUUUA